AUGCUCAUCCCUGCCAUUCACAUACAGGCUUCUUUGAAGGGAGCGACUUGGUCAGAUACCAGAAGUGAGGGGGAUACACCCACCACUCCUUUCUGGGAGGAGGGAGAGCUGGUCCAAUGGAACUCGCAAUGGAUCAACGAUGGACAGGCUCUGAGCUCUACGUCGUCGGGCACGCUCCAGCCGCCAUAUCCGCGUUUUCCAGUAGCUGAGCCACCAUGCACGACAUCAACGACUCCUGUGAUUGAAGCUGGUGAAAUGGAAGAUGUUGGCCCAAGCGGGGAAUCGGAAGAUAAGCCUAAGACAAUCAACGCAGUGCACCAGGGAGAGGACUCCGUCCCAGUAUCUACGCUUCCGCAAUCUUUCGAUCAUGUGCCUACACAGGCGGGCAAUACCAGCACUCGGCUUGCAAAGCUACUCGAUGAACUUCGUCACUUGCAGCAGGAAGUCCGUGGUAAACGUUCUCGGGCGCGAGACCUUCGCCGUGCGCUGAGAAAUAAACGCGAGGAGGAGGAUUACCUGCGACUUGUACUACGGGAGAAACUUAGUUGGGUCUCUCCGGAGGCUCUCUAUCAACAAACUACGGCAAUCAAUAAAGCUAUUGAUGACUUGAAAGCCGCUACAGAACUUUACCGCAUUCUUGAGAACGACUAUAGCAGAAUGGAAGACGAGCUCGAUCAGCGGGAAAGGUUUCUAGACAAGCGCCUAGGAAAAUUGAAUGGGUUACUGCGCAAACAAGCUGCCUCGGGAACCAAACAGACUGACACUGUCAGUUCUGACUCGAAUUUCUCUUCAGAACCAUCCUCUGCCCGUGCCUCUGACGCCGACCGGCUUCCGUUCAACGCUGCAGCAUACCUCACUCUAGUCGGGGAGGUGCGCCUACUCCGUGAACGACUCUACGAGCUCGAAUCAGAGUACAAGAAUCUGGUAGACCAAGAGAGUAUCCGUCAGCGUAUCGGCCUCUCACUUGCCCCCGAAGCACUUACAUUCCUAGCCCACUACGAAACUACAAGAACGAAAACGCAGACCGGGCUAGACUUUGCAAUCCGUCGAUUGAUAGCCCACCCCGAACACAAGCACCACCCCGAGGCAGUCGUACUAGACGAAGAAUGGGAGCAAGUUGUGCAGAACUUCCGACCCAGCUCUCCAGACAAUCAGGCGCAACGAGAUCCAUUGCAAAUGACCGAGUUCGAGGACCGGUCGCCAUUCUUCGAAGAGCGACGUCCCGUGCCGCUGAAUAAAUUCACGUUUGUGAAUCGAUGGCUUUUGCACCAGCUACGUCAUUCGAGUUUUCAGGUUUUGCAGUAUAAAUCGAAUCCAGAGUUUGUACAUCUUGUGGAUGAGGGUUGGGAUGGCGACGAUAUUAGCCAGAUGGCUUUGAUGCUAUGGUACCGUGAUGAAACGACAGGAAUUGUGCCAUUGAGGAAUGACAUUGUUGAAUAA